GUUUAUUUCUACACUAAAAUAACGAAUUUAGAAACUUACCAUUAUCUACAGCUAUAUUAAAAUUCACUUAAAUUUCAAUCGUGAAAAGUCGUAUAAUAGUUUCGAACAAUUUCCUAAAAGAAUUCAGUGAGACAAUGUUGAAGUUUUGGCUCGUCGUUGUUCUAACAAUCUUUCAUCAUCCACUAUCAGUUAAACCAGAGGAAUCUGGUAGACUCGGAAUUGAUUAUGUGUACUUGCCGGACAUGACUGGUCAUAUGCACAAGGUUUCCUUGACAACCAACAACGAGACUCGAAGGCAAUUAACUCAUUUUAACGAAAACGAACAAAAACUAAAGACAGCCGAAAAAGACGGAUUCAAGUUCAGAUUUGACGAUGGUAGCGACGAUACCGAUGACAACAACGAAAAGUUCAAUUUCGGCGACCACAAGGUUUACUUCACUUUAUACACAAGGGAGUUUAGAGAUGCCGGAGUGGAUUUAUCGCAUUACGAUUUAACGCAGAUCGAUGCUAAUAAAGAGACUAAAGUACUAAUUCACGGGUAUUUGCAAAAUGCAAUGGCACCUAUGUGUAUUUUGAUAAAGGACAACUACUUGAUCGUGGGAGAUUAUAAUAUCAUUACGGUGGAUUGGAGUUCUGUUGCAGAUAGCGUUUUAUAUCCUGCCACUGUAUUAUCGAUGGGAGGAGUUGCGAAUUUCUGCGCUAAAUUUAUGGCAUUUUUGAUAAAUAACAUUGGACUUAAAGAGAAUAUGAUUCAUUUCGUAGGUCAUAGUUUAGGAGCGCAUUUGGCCGGGUUCACCGGUAGACGUUUGAGAGUAUUUUAUGGAAAAAUCAUCAAAAGAAUUACAGGUUUGGAUCCAGCUGGGCCAUUAUUCAAUAUAGCCCAUUUACAUCGAAAUGACGCCGAUUUCGUAGAUAGUAUCCACACGGAUGCGAAUAUUUUUGGAAUACAACAGGCCAUAGGUCACGUUGAUUUUUAUCCUAAUGGCGGAGUCAGCCCUCAACCGGCCUGUCAACAUGAUACUCUUUUGACUGUGGAUAGUUGCAGUCAUUCCGAGAGUUGGAACUACUAUGCAAAAUCGAUAAUUAACAAGUAUUUGUACAUAGGCCUUUGUACAGAAGAGAAGGUCUAUCCUAUGGGUAAAAAAAGCAAAGACGAAAAGGAAGUGGAGGAGGAGCAAGUAGAGGAAGAAGAAGAGGACGAAGAGCAGCUCGAACGGCAACCGCCGCCGAAUUGUUCGUUCGAAGAAAAGCAAGAAUGGUUCAGAAAAUUGCCCGCGAUGCAGGGCUGCUUCGAUUCCCCCAUCGACAUCGAUUUAUCCUACACCAUACCGUUGGAACUCCCCGAUUUGGUGUGGGUGAACUUCGACGUGCUACCCAAGAAAACCAAAUUAACUAACACAGGACAUACCAGUAACGCCAAGUGGCAGGAUGAAAGACCUUACAUCUUCGGCGGGCCAUUUACCUCCAAGUACGUCUUCUCCAAUUUCCACCUGCACUGGGGCGAAACAGCUUUAGAAGGUAGCGAACACACUAUAGAUGGUAGUAAACAACCCGCCGAAAUGCAUGUAGUGUUUUUUAAAAGUUGUUAUUUAACCCAAGAAGCCGCCCUGAAAGAGCACGAUGGAUGCGCCACGCUCACCUAUCUUAUUCAAGAGGCAGACAAUCCUGGAUUCCAGUUACUGAUCGAAUAUCUAAGAGACGUCGUUGCGGCGGGUACAUCUAAAAGAUUUUUGAACAUGUGCGUGCUGAGAUUGUUCAGGCAAUUCGUCGACGAUUAUUUUCUCUAUUGGGGUACCAUCGGUACGACUACUUGCUUGCAUUACAUCAUGUGGUUGAUCACUCGCAGGCCCAUCGGGAUAUCCGAGCAACAGCUGGAACGCCUUCGAACAUUGUACGAUGAAAGGGGCAUGAAUUUGAUGAAAAAUUACAGGGAAACGCGACCGUUGAACGGUAGAAGCGUGUUUCACGUGAAUCCCUGCUCGUCGAAGUAUUCCACCCUCCUGCCGGUCAUGUACGAUGUUUUCUUGCAGUACAACGUGUCCCAAAUUUUCUACUACAACGACGUGAAAGCCAUACUGGAAAAAUUCAUGGACGGCGCUUGGAAGAAGAAAAGCGUUCGUUCGAUCGAUGGAAACGAUAACGAAACGGGACCCGGAAAGAUUGUAAUUAAAUUACACGAGGCGGACGCGGCGUCGACUUCCGAUGAUGCUGUAUCGAAAUGCGAUGAAGAUAAGGAAUUGUUUGAACGACUCAUGGCCGAUUUGAAAGCGAUCAGCACGAAUGAUAAAGUAAUCAUCAAAAUGAAUAAUAAAGAGAACGAUUUUACAGAAGGAGAAGAUAGCGGCGAACAAACUAAUACUACUAUUCGAAAAUUCCUCGAACAGUUUCUGUUUGAACAGAAUAUGAUUAAUUCUAACGGUGAAAUAAAUUCGACGUUGCCCAACAUUGUUGAAGACACUCUUGCCGGUUCAGAAGAAGAAAAAGAAUCAUGUGAAGAUGUAUUUUAUUCAUAAAAUAAUUAAUCAUAUUUGGUUGAUUUGGUCUUUUGCUUGAU